AUGUCUGAAAAGACAACGACUAAAAAGAAGGCAUUUUUACCUCAAGGUAAAUACUUGAAACCUGAUGAAAUUGAAUAUGAGUUUGGUGGUGUUCCAGGUGUUAUUGGAAUGUUAAUUGGAUUCCCUGCAUUAAUGUACUAUAUGUGGAUAUGCACUGAAUUCUAUGAUGGUCAAAUUGCUUUACCAAAAGAAAAUGAAACAUGGUCACAAUUUUUAUUAUCAUUAUAUGAUUUAAUCAUUAAACAUGCUAUACCAACACGUUAUAUUUGGACUGUCUUUAUGACUUUUUGGUUAUUUCAAAUUAUCUUUUAUUAUACUUUACCAGGUAUUUGGACUAAAGGUCAACCAUUAACUCAUUUGAAAGGCAAACAAUUGCCUUACUAUUGUAAUGCUAUGUGGACACUUUACGUUAGUACUAUAUUAGUAUUAGUAUUACAUUUUACUGGUAUUUUCAAAUUGUAUACAAUUAUUGAUAAUUUUGGUCAAAUUAUGACUUGUGCCAUUAUCUCAGGAUUUUCAUUUUCAAUAGGUUUAUAUUUAUGGACAUUAUUUAUCAGUGGUGAUUAUCAUAGAAUGACUGGGAAUCAUCUUUAUGAUUUCUUUAUGGGUGCACCAUUAAACCCACGUUGGGGAAUUCUUGAUUUAAAGAUGUUCUUUGAAGUUAGACUACCUUGGUUUACACUUUAUUUUAUUACAUUAGGAGCAUGUUUAAAACAAUAUGAAACAUACGGUUACGUUACACCACAAUUAGGUGUAGUUAUGUUAGCUCAUUGGCUUUAUGCUAAUGCAUGUGCUAAAGGUGAAGAACUGAUUGUUCCAACUUGGGAUAUGGCUUAUGAAAAAUUCGGGUUUAUGUUAAUCUUUUGGAAUAUUGCAGGUGUCCCAUACACCUAUUGUCAUUGUACUUUAUAUCUAUAUUAUCAUGAUCCAUCACAAUAUAAUUGGUCAUGGCAAUAUAAUAUUACUUUAUACAUCGUAUUAUUGACAGCUUAUUAUUUCUUUGAUACAACCAAUGCCCAAAAAAAUUCUUUUAGAAAACAAAUGUCUGGUGAUAAGACCAUUCGUAAAACUUUCCCAUUCUUACCUUAUCAAAUAUUGAAAGAUCCAAAAUAUAUGACUACAGCUGAUGGUUCUUAUUUAUUAAUCGAUGGGUGGUAUACAUGGGCUCGUAAGAUUCAUUAUACUGCUGAUUGGACUCAAUCUCUAGUGUGGGCAUUAUCUUGCGGAUUUAAUUCUCCUUUCCCAUGGUUCUUCCCAAUUUUCUUCUUUGUAGUAUUAGUUCAUAGAGCAACAAGAGAUACAGCUAAAUGUAAGAAGAAGUAUGGUAAAGAUUGGGAUGAAUAUGUUAAGCAUUGUCCAUACUUAUUCAUUCCAUACAUUUUUUAG